CUUAGGAGUAGAUUCUUUGAUAUAUUCAGUUUUGUUUGGCUCUCUUGCUUAGUGACGGUGAUUCACUUACUUUACCUUUGGCUACUCUGGUUAGGUAGGUGGGGAGUACUAUAUAUUAACAUAUAUUAGCAUUCGACAGCACGUAUCAGUAUCACCACUACCAUUACCAUUCGUCUUCGACCAUUAGGCGGAGAUUUCAAACCCAUUUUCCCAUUUAAAUCUCUCUCUCCCUCAACUUCUCCUCCCAAUUCCCAUUACCAUUUCCAUUCCAGAGGUUGAGAUGGCAGCGGCAGCAUCAGCAGCUACUUUUUCUAUUGGAACCGCCCAAACAGGGAGGUCACUUCCUCAAUCAAACCCUUUUGGUUUGAAACUCAAUUCCCAUGUUAAUUUCAGAAGCUUCUCUGGCCUCAAGGCUAUGCCAUCAUCUCUCAGAUGUGAGUCUGAAUCAUCUUUCUUCGGCAAUGAAACUUGUGCUGCGCUUCGUGCAACUUUUGCUCCCAAAGCUGUACAAGAAAACCGAAGCCUCAACCACAACUUGCAGCCACAGGCAUCCUACAAAGUAGCGGUUCUUGGUGCUGCGGGAGGGAUUGGUCAGCCGCUGGCACUUCUCAUCAAGAUGUCGCCUUUGGUUUCUGACCUGCAUCUCUAUGAUAUUGCAAAUGUUAAGGGUGUUGCGGCUGAUAUUAGUCACUGCAACACUCCUUCAAAAGUUGUGGAUUUCACUGGAGCUGCUGAGUUAGCGAACUGUUUGAAAGGUGUGGAUGUUGUUGUUAUACCUGCUGGUGUUCCUAGGAAACCCGGCAUGACUCGUGAUGAUCUUUUCAAUAUCAAUGCUGGUAUAGUCAGAGACUUGGUCUCCGCUGUUGCAGAUAAUGCUCCUGGGGCUUUUAUUCAUAUUAUCAGUAAUCCGGUGAAUUCUACUGUGCCUAUUGCUGCUGAAAUUCUGAAACAAAAAGGUGUCUAUGAUCCUAAAAAGCUCUUUGGUGUUAGCACACUUGAUGUUGUGAGGGCAAACACUUUUGUGGCUCAGAAGAAGAACCUGAGGCUGAUUGAUGUAGAUGUUCCUGUUGUUGGAGGCCAUGCUGGGAUUACCAUUCUUCCUCUAUUGUCAAAGACAAAACCCUCGGCGAGUUUCACUGAUGAGGAAAUUGAGGAGCUGACUGUCAGGAUUCAAAAUGCUGGAACUGAAGUUGUUGAGGCAAAAGCUGGUGCAGGGUCUGCAACUUUGUCAAUGGCUUAUGCGGCAGCUAGAUUUGUUGAAUCGUCCCUUCGUGCGCUUGACGGAGAUGCUGAUGUGUAUGAAUGCUCAUAUGUACAGUCAGAUUUGACUGACCUUCCCUUUUUUGCUUCAAGGGUGAAGAUUGGCAGGAAAGGAGUUGAAGCUUUAAUUCCAACUGAUCUCCAAGGAUUGAGUGAGUAUGAGCAGAAGGCUUUGGAAGCACUCAAGCCAGAACUUAAGGCCAGUAUCGAGAAGGGGGUUGCUUUUGCUCAAAAGCAAACUGUCGCUGCUUAACUUAUUUUGCGAACGCAUUUAUGCAAUAAUCUUGCGUCCUUUUGAGAGGAUGAAUACUACUUAGAGAGCUUAGAUGGCCGAUUUAUUGUAGAAUCAUUUUCUGCUUCCAGAAUUUAGGACUUGAAUUUUCUGUUGUAUCAAUUCUGCUUCCAGACUUGUUAGUAGAACAGGUGGGGGCUUCCAUUUCUGUUCUCUAUUUUGAGCUUUAGUUUUGAUCAGAAAUAUCAGUAGAUUGUUACUAUAAUGUACUACUAGAAUAAGAAAAAUAUAAACUUUGCAUUUUGAAUAA